AUGCUGUGUGCUCCGGCACGCACCCGAUUGCUGCCAUCAUUCUCACUUACCACUCCUCAACCCCUCUUCCGCCGGCUGAACUCUCUCGUCCUCCGCCGCAACUACCAACCACCGAUCAAAAUGUCGGCACAACACCAGAUCGUCGAACACGUGGUCCUCUUCAAAGUGAAGCCCGAUGUCGAUUCUAGCAAAGUCGCGGCUAUGCUCAGUGGACUCAACGGCUUAACAUCACUCGACCUCACCGUCCACCUCUCCGCCGGACAACUCCUCCGGUCUCGGUCUUCUUCGCUUACCUUCACUCACAUGCUUCACAGCCGUUACAGGUCAAAGGAGGAUCUCCGGGAGUACGCCGCUCAUCCUGAGCACGUUCGCGUGGUCACAGAGAAUAUAAAACCAAUCAUUGACGACAUCAUGGCCGUUGAUUGGAUAUCUAAUGACGCAAGUGUCUCGCCAAAGCCAGGGUCAGCGAUGAGAGUUUCAUUUUUGAAGUUAAAGGAGAAUUUAGGGGAAAAUGAGAAAGCUAGGGUUUUGGAAGUGAUUGGAGGAAUUAAAUAUCAGUUUCAAUCGAUCGAACAGCUAAGUUUGGGUGAGAAUUUCUCUCAUGAGAGGGCGAAAGGGUAUACAAUCGCUUCAAUCGCUGUUUUGCCUGGGGCUGCUGAUUUGGAGGCGUUGGAUUCAAAUGCUGAGCUUGUGAAGUCGCAGAAAGAGAAAGUCAGGGAUUCAAUAGAGAGCGUUGUGGUUGUUGAUUACGUGAUUCCACCUCCGCAGGUGGCUAACCUCUAA